AUGAGGCCAAAAUGUAGUGCUAUAUGGAUGUAUUUUAGUGAAGUGGACGCUGAUACUGUUAGAUGUAAAAUAUGUGACCAAACAUAUUCAAGGAAAGGGCGCGGGACUUCGGGGUUAAGAAGUCAUCUCAAGUUACGCCAUGAAGUAGAGUAUGAACAAAAGGAUACAGCAUUAAAAAAAGCCGCGGUUGAUAAACGCAAAUUGUCGGAAGAGACUCCUCUUCAACAGGCUAAGAGACAAGUAACUUUACAGGAGGCAUUACAAAGACAUCAGUAUUGGGAUACAUCUUACGAAAAAAGCUGCGAGCUGGAUAAUUUAAUUUACGAAAUGUUAGCUCUUCAAGAUUUACCAUUUAACUUUGUUGAAGGAAUUGGCUUUAGACGGUUGAUUCAUGCUGUUCAGCCAAAAUAUAAUUUAAGAGGACGUCAAAGUUACACAUCUCAUUUGUGUAAUUAUAUUUAUCCUAAAUUAAGGAACAAGGUAAAAAACUUAAUUAAAGAUUUGCAAUACUUAUCUUUCACCACUGAUAUAUGGACUGAACCAGGAGCAGGAGUUUUGUUGCUGAGUUUUACAAUUCAUGAUCCAAAAUAUAAAACUAAGAUUUUUAAUGAAAUCACUAAAGAAAGUAUUGAGUCCGAACUGAUUUCUUUAUGUCAAGAUCAAGAAGGCCAUGGCGCACAAGCACAACCACAAAUACAGUCAUUCGAACAUGAUGUUAUUCAACACAAUCAACACUUUCAUGAUACCGAUACCGAGAGCCUACCAUCAACGAGUUCUGGAGCUAAUUUUUCUACAGGCAGAUUUUUACAAUCAAUGUUAUCUGAGAUGCUGGCCUCAGCUGCUAAUAGAGACGAUGAAGAAAGUCCAAUCGCACCCAUCGACAGAUUUCUUAUCCUGAAGUCACUAAUAAUUAAUUAUAUUAAAGAGAAGAGAAUAGCUCUUCAAGAAGACAGUCUUUAG